CAAACUCUUCAUUCAUCUUUCAGCUCUGAGAAACGGAGUGGCUUUAAAAUAAAGCCGAACACACAAAGUUGAAUUCCAAAAUGGUUGCGGAGGUUGUUGUUGCACUGUCGCCUGUUGUCAUGUCCCCCCGGUGCCUGUAGUAGUGCUGUAAGAAGCCUCGAUCCGGCGACCAAACCAACACCCUGUGCUCCAUGUAUACGCGCACUUUUUAUCAAAAUAACCCACAUCCAAACGCGCGCGACGUUCACCCGAAGGUGCGUGCGGGAACGAAAUCAGGACCAUCGCCGGAUAUAUGCGGAGAAUACGCCUCGGGAUUAAGCCGGUCAUUCGUAAUAGCCGUCGAUAGCGGGUGAAAAAGCGAGCCUUGUCCGGCUAACGCUAACGCUAGCGGGCUAAGCUAAAACCGGAAGCGAGCAGCUGGCGCAGCACGGGAGUCGGAGUGAGUAGAAAGGCCGGCGCGAGUGCGAGGCAAAGCAGGUUGCUUGCUACGCGACUCGGGAGGAUUCUGUAGGCCCACGGUAACUACGGAUUUCGCUUUAAGAAAACAUUUAAAAAGGAAACAAGCAGGACGAAAAACUCGACUAGUUUGAUAAACAUAAUACGAAAAAAAACCCUUUAUGUGUUAAAAACUCGCUUUUGAGAUUUUUAAACGAAAAAAAUUUUUUUUUCGUUUUUGUUUUUUAUUUUCGCUUCACGGCACCAUUUUUGCGCAUUAAAAAAAAAAACGAGUCACGACAUAUACCACAGACAAUGAAUGUAGCGUGGGAAUAAUUUGUUAAUAUAAUGUUUUAGUGUUUAUAAUCCAUCCAACUCCACCUAGCUAGCUAAUCAGUUCGUUUCCUAUCUGCCUUCGUUUUCCGUCUUUCAUCCGCAGCGAAAUGAUCAAACGGUGACCGCGCGCGCGCUGCUUUAAGCGUCUCUCCUAAUCCUGGCCUCUUAAGUAACUGAUAACGCGACCCAAGUGUGAGAUAGAGCAGGAGGCGGGAAGUUUUGGCCACCAUCCCCUUGCACGUUUAAACUCGCUUUGCAUGUCAAAACCUUCCGUGCACUCUUUAAACAUUUGAGGAUUUUUGCCCUUCAUCUGCUCAAAGCACCUGCUUGACCAAGUAAUUAAAAUGUGUAGCUAGAAACGGAUCCGCUGUGAUCAUGUCUUAUACUUUUAUCAUUGCAUCGUGCAUUUGGUUCUGAUUUUAACGUGAACUACUGAAUCUUGACGAUUAUUAUAACUCCAGCACUGACAAAACAGACCUCAUUCUUUUAACCCUAGGUGUAGUUUGUGAAAGGAAAAUGCAUGCACGCAUAUAAACAUAUUAGUGUUUAUUAGUGUUUAAUCUGAUGCACGACUCACUCUCUCGCUCACAUACACACGGUAUGGAUGUGGGUGUGGGACUGGUCUUUGAUGAAUUAUUAGUUAGAUAGGAAAAGGGGGGAAAAACAUCUCAAGACACUUCCCUCAGUCUUAUAAUUGGAAGCAGUGCUAUAUGGAGAUUGGUGAAGAUUAUGAGGAACCAAUUAAAAGUUUCAUCAGUCUCAUCCGUUUUUUUUUUUAAUCCAAAGUGGACUACAGAGUGUUCUGAUAGUUUGGCUCUGGGUAUUUGACCUCCUAUUAAUGGAGAUAGCCGAUAAUUAGUACUUGCGUCAUUUCUAAUAAAGAUUAUCCACUCCUUGAGAAGCGAAGUAGUUAAAUGUACCUUUCCUGGUUACUAGAGAGGUACCAACAUUAAUGUGUAUCUUUUACAUGGUCCUGUGAAUUAGUGUACCUUUUAAAAAAAAUGACAUGUAGUCGUCAUGUGAAAGCAGUACUCAGACAUGUGCUGUAGAUGAAAGGUUUUAAUCAGAUAUUUUUCUGCCAGCUGAUGUUUCAGAGAGUUUCAGCCUUGGGAUGUAUGAAGGGAAACAUAUUCACUAUUCGGAGGUGGACCACAAGCCUCUGUGUUCAUACAGCCCAAAGCUCUGCAAACAGCGCAGGCUUAAUGGCUACGCUUUCUGCAUUCGGCAUGUUUUGGAGGACCGGAGUGCCCCUUUCAGGCAGUGUGAAUAUGUAGCCAAGUACAACAGCCAACGCUGCACCAACCCCAUCCCAAAGACCCAAGAUCGCAAAUAUUGCAGCAGUCACCUGCAAGUUAUGGGUGUCCUGCCAAAGAAAGAGAGGAAGAAAAAGCAAGACACUCUCGACUCUCUAGCCCUAAACAUAACUGUGCCCUCUCUGGCUCUGAAAGCUUCUAAUGACCUGGACCACUUACUCCCAACUUCACCCUCCUUACUUACUCGUCUGCUCCCAUUGGACCCAUAUGCCUUCUUCAAGGUUGAUAAAGUGAAGAAAGAAAGCCCUAACUUGGGGAAGAAAGUCACAAAUCGUUCAAUUAAUCAUAAACAGAGACAUAAAGAUCAGACGGCGGCCCCAGCCAUCUCCCCACAUUCCAUCUCUCUUAUUUCUCAACAGGCUGUAGGACCUUCCCAAGCUCCUUUAGUAACCAAAUCCCCUCUAAUAUCCGCCUCACAACAUCCCAAACCUAAAUCAGGGCCAGUAUGCACAACAGCUCCUGCACAGGCUGGGCUUCAGACUUUGACCACCACCAAUCCCAAGCCAGAGAUACACCCAGAACUUGUUCUCCCCCAGAGAGUUGUACCUCCAACUCCAAGCAGUGCAAGCACAUGUUUGGGCCCAGCGAAGGAACUGAGAGCACCAGUACAACAUCAGGCACCAUGCUUGAUGCAGCUUCACAGGCUGAUGGAGCAGCAGAGAAGAAAGCAUGAAGAUCUGAGGCCUCAUUUUGACUUGGACUGGUCCGAAGACAGCGGAGAGGAGGAAGAGAGCCAAGUGGAGAAAGUAGCAUUGUUCAAGUAUCAGAGCCCACAGGACAGAAGGGCUGUCAGUUCUGGUUCCCGCAGGGAGCGGCUGGCGGGGCUUUGCGGCUAUUUGAGACAAAAGCACAGACAAUUGCGUAGAGAGGAACGAGGCUUCAGGAGAGAGAGAAAGUCCCAACACACUCUCCGCAAUGCUUUGCUUCAGGCAGCCACACAUGACCCUGAUCACACUGCUCAAAUAAUUCAGCAGCGUCAUACUGAAAAUUCAGCAACCUCAAGUACUGCAGGUAGCUCAGACUCAGGACUGUGUGUGGCCCAGGUUAACGGCAAAGCCUGCACUAACCACUCCUUGCCUUUCACCAGACACUGCCUCCAACAUAUCCUGCAGAACAGAUCACAGCAGCUGUUCUCAAGCUGCACUGCACGUUUUGCGGAUGGGGCACAGUGUUCUGUCCCGGUCUUCGACAUCACACAUCAGACACCACUCUGUCAAGAGCAUGCAAAGAAAAUGGAUAACUUCCUUCGUGGAGACGUCAGCCGCAGAACAUACCAUCACCAGCAGCAGCUGCAGCAGCGAAGGCGGCUGAAGAAGGCCAAACUUCCGGCACUGAGCAAAAAACAGAAGAAAAAGGGCAGAAGAGGAGCGGUACGCAGACCUCAGAAACCCAUCCCCCCUGCACUGCCCCAGGGUAAUCUGGGAAUGCCCUCUGUCCUGUGCCUACCGACACAACCCACUGGGAUAAGGAGUCCCUUGAGUCCUGAUCUGAGUGCUGAUGAGCUUCCGGAUGACAUCACUAGUGACAUCAGUGACAUUCCUCAUGACCUGGAGCUGAAUCAGGAAGAUUUCGAUGUUCUGUCCCGAUUCCCAGAUGACCUACAAGACUUUGAUCUGUUUGAAGGUAAGCAAAGUGAGCUCUUACCUACGUCAGAGGAAGCUGAGGAGCUGGUGCGGGUCCUGCAGGAUAUGGGAUCCUACCCAGAAUCCCUGGCAUGCCUGAGCAGUAUAGCUGAGCUCGGUCCGGUGGAGGGCUCAGACUGCCGCGGGAUGGAGGGCGGUGUCAUGGACCUGCUCGGUGCUCGUCUUUCAGCUGAGACCCUGUCCAGUCUGGAGCUGGACCCGAGCCUGCUUCCUACAACAGAGGACAACUUCCCCUCUUCCCCCCGUUCCCCUCCAUCUUCCAUAAGUCACCUGAGAGACGGCGCUCGUUCACAGAGGCGUCACUUAACACACAUUGACGACCCCAAAGAUGAUCUGGUUGAUGAGGACGUGUCCCACGGCUCCUGGGGCGUCCUCGCUCUGCCUCUCAGCGACUCGACUCAACUCCACAAUCUCAUCACCUCAGACGGCCUGCUCAUGUCCACGGCGUUGUCCACGCCACCAACUCCCAUGCCAACAGCCCCUUGCCAACCCACCGCUACGCUUUCUGCCCUACCUGAGAGCAGCCUGACCAUCCCAGUCACUUCCGCUUCCUCUUCCUCACCCCGGAUGGACUUCCUGUUUCCAGGGCACCUCAAACACACACUCCCCACUCUGUUCAGCCACUGCGGAAUUCCUGCUGACCUGCAGCCUCACCACAGUGCUCCAGCGCCCACUAUGGACCAGACCUGAGCGGCCAUCAGGAACAAUUACAAGUGCACAUCUCUUAGUAUUCAGGGAAGGUUUUAAUUUUAUAACUUGCAUGGGUUCUUCGGCUUAACUACUCUAUCUUCCCAUAUCCUGAUGGGUUUUUUUUUUUUGUCACUUGCACACCCCAGAGCAAUAAGGAAACCCCACAAGCAAGAGUAUAUGGCACGCUUAUUUUCUACAACAGAUAAAUUAGAUGGAUUUUAGCCAUGGAUGCACACCACUUGUAUUCUUAUAUAUGCAUAUUUAAUAUAUUUAUAGAGUAGUGAUGUGCACAGCUAGUUUUAUCGAUUUCGAGUCCAAAUGUGUGGUUUACUGGUGGAAAUGUGGUUCCUCGUCUAGAAAUACUAUGAAUUGGUUAUAUGAUGGAAGAAAACAAUGGCUGAAAGAUAUCACCGGUGUAUCAGUUGUCUCCUCCUGUCCUGUAACGAUUAAAGUGGUUAUAUCGGCGGCUGGUGUUUGUGCUUUUCGUAGCUGUUCUGCUGUUGGGUUCUGCUUUUUUUAGUGUCAAGUGCCAUGAAAGCUAUGUAAACCUUUCAUAAUCAGUGUGCUGCAAAUCAAUAGUGUCCUUUAAAGACGAGCUAUAGAUAUGCUUAAAAUGUCUUUGUUAUGAACAUCUCAUUCUGUAUAUGUAAUGUAACACUGAUGCCAGGAAUCCAUAUUUUCCGGGCUUUCACGUUUGCAAUUAAUUUUUGGAAGACGUUUUGUCUAUUGUGUAAUGGAUAAAAGCUCAGUAAUGCUUGCGUCAUCUCAAGGCCUCUGUAUGAACAGAUUGUAUGAAUUAUCUUCACAGUAACAUCACACCGAUCUCACAAUCUCACAUCGCAUGAAAUUUCAGUCGAAGGCAAGUGAUGAGAACAGAGAAAAAGUAUGUUUGAUUCGAGUAGGCCUGCCAGUGUCUCAGAUAAUGCUGCUUUCAUCAGUGUCAAUAACAGUAUAUUAUUCCUGCAUAAACAGAGAAGCUGGGAUCUGUAUUUUUUUUUUUUUGUAUUUGUAUUCACUGAAUGUAUUGAAUGAUGGAAGGAUUUGUUUAUUAUAACCAAUAGAAUUUUAUCGCCCCCUCUGCUUUGUGUAUUGAAAUGUCUUGACUUUUUGUUACUAAAGUGUGUGGAUGUGGGUAUGUGAUAAACACAGAUGUAUCACAUUUUUUUGUUUGUUUUAUCAGAAAUGCGUAAAUUAAAUCUGCUAUGACUAUUAGACAACGUCUCAAUAUUUUUUUUUAAUUCAAGCAAUGCAGAAUAGCAUCUUUUAUAUAGUCUCUAGAGAGAAUGACAUCAUUUGAUUAGUUUGUUUAAUGUCAUUUCUCAAAAUGAUUAAUCAGUCUAUUUCAGAUGUUUUUAGAACUUCUAACACUGCUUCUGUUGGCCUUUCUUCUUCCAGUAGUGCAUCCUAGUACCGUCAGUUUCCCAGGUAAGCGGUGCACACGCACCCGGCCGUCCACUUGAUGUAAAAGAAAAUGCGAUUCAUCAAACCAGGCCACCUUCUUCCAAUUGCCCAGUUCUGAUGCUCAGCUGCCAACUGUAGGUGAGUUCAGCAGUGUACAGGGCAGCACCAAACACAGAACACACAGUGCAUUUCUGCUUGCUAUCAUAGCCGGCAUUGAUUUUAUGCUACAUUAGCUCUUCUCUGGAAUCAGACCAGAUGGGCUAGCCUAUGCUCAUCAGUGAUUCUUGGGGGCUCAUGACCCUGUUGUUGGUUG